AUGACGGAGAAAGAUGCCUUCCAGCAGCGUGCCAUUCUCACGAGGAAGCUGAGCCCGCACUCCAUGCCUGGCGAUAGGGGCAGCAGCAGGGGUAGCUACGAGACGGGCGAGUCAAGUGCCACCGGCAGCCUCCUCAACGACACGACCCUUUUACCAUCACCCGACGAGUCCAGCGCCGCGCGCCGCCCACUUUCAUCGAGUCCGAGAGAUGCUGAACAUACAAAUGGAUACCAUGGGGGAAAGCCCGACGCGAGGAAGCAGCAGAGAGCACCUAGGCAUCGCUCUAAUGGAGCCUUUUUGCUGCAGGAUGCCUUUCGCAACGAUGCCGAUUCCGAGGAGGAGCAGGCACACCGUCUACGGCACGUAACGCGAAACAUACCCCCCAGCCGGAGGACCAAAGAUUCGGGGAGGGCAUCGGAUAGGUCUGGAUCCAGUGCUGGUCGCGAGGCUGGCUACGGACUCGCUGGGCUCGAGAGCCUGCCAAGGCGAAACGGCGAUUCCUCGCCGCCGCAACCUACGAAUAAACUGACGGUCAGGAAACGGGAUGCGCCCAACGGCAGUAGACCGUUGUCGGGGACGAGCUUCGCGCCGCCUGCGAACUCCCCGCUCGAUAUCGACUCGGCGCAGAUCGUGAAUAUGGCCCUUAACUUGAGCGAAUCCCGACGGCAGGUGUCGCGAAGGAUCGCACCGCCUCAGGCUGUGCCGACGCUGGCACAACUUCCCGACGGCCCGACGGGCGCCAACCUCAAAAACCAUCUGCAGUCGCAGAGGAGGAUGUCGAGGACGAGGUCCCCGGGGCCUGAAAAGGCACUGACUCCACGAUUACCCUCGACGGGGAUGCUUAGCAGCCCGCUGCAGGCGACGUUCGACAUGAGCCGGGAGGGCACGUUCCGUAAUCACUUUACCGCGUCGACCUUGGCACGAGUACAAAAGGCGAAGGAACAUCUGGAGCUGAUGGCCCAGUACAGGCGCCUGUUGGAGCUGGUUCCACCCAUCCAGUCGCACAACCAAAGCCGCCCGACGACCGCCAGCCCGCCCACAUCCUCUGAAGGAGUUGCGAGGGUUUCCACCUAUGGUAGUGCCGAUGGAAGCGUGCGGCUGGGGCGUCCGUACAAUCCUUUACAAUACAUCCGCAACAGAAAGGUGCGAGCUCGGGAGCGGAAGGCGAUCGAUGGCGAGGCCCAGGGUUUCGGGGACUUUAUCAAAGUCGCCGACUGGGUUGAUGAAGUGGCCAAGUGGGCUGCGACGGGCCAGGCGAGCGCAGAUGGCUGUACGCUGCCGCCCUUCAUGGAUGCAGACGUGGUGGAGCAGCAAAACGCUCUUCAAGCUACCACCAGCGCCAACAAGCCGAGGAGACCAAGACUGGAUUGGACCAUCGACGCAGCGGACCUACUUGCCGAUGUGUACUGGCUGGAACAAGAUCACCACAAGCAGUUGAUUGAAGAUCGUCACUGGCGCCGGAUCUUCCCUCAGAAUGCCGAAUUGCACAGACCUUUGUCUAGGCAGAACGAAGAGUAUGGCAGUGAGUCGGGACAGACACCAGGGCGUAAGGAAUAUGAAGGACUAGGGCCCAUGAUCGAUCCGAAAUCCAGCAAUACGGGGCUUGCUAAGUCGGAUACGGAGCAUUCCACAGCGAGCGCUCGAGAACGCGCCCGCCAGAAGCUACAUGAUCUUACUGGACACCAUCAUCACCACCACCACCGGCACAGCAACUCAGUGCAUAGUCAUUAUGACUUGAAGAACGGCAAAAACUCAGUCUCUGACCUGUCUGAAAGCGAAAACGAAGGCAAGCUUAGGAAGGAGAGGAGGAAUCGAGCAGGCACGCUCACCAGCAGUCACCAAGACAUCCUGGAGAAGCAGAUGCUUGAGAUGAUUGCCAAAGAGGCGCGUGAGAACGGCCCCAAGAAGCCGGACGGAUCGGGAUACGUAACGCCGGAGCGGAAUGCUGGAGUCACUUCACACCCACAGUCACGACAACACAGUCGGAAGGCAUCUAUCGUGGAGGCGAGCGAGUCUGAUGAGAGGAAGAGUAAGGAAAAGCCUCGCUUCACUCCGCUGCAUCUUCAACGCGGCAUGGGAAGGUCAAGUCUGGAGAUCCCGGUGCCGGCGAGGAGAAGCUCCUUCGAAGUCGACUCGUCUCUCCCCAACUCUCCAGACGGCGCCAUUCGCGGAGACCCCUUCAUCCCCGCGCUCGGCGGAGAUCUUUCGCCCGGAUCGAGCCGGGCGAACUCCCCUACUCGAAACCCGUUUUCCAAGGUGAAACAAAUAUUCCGCGAGCGUAGCAAGGAAAGGGGCUCGCGCAUUUCGGAAGAGAGAUCCAGUGCGGAGGAUCUGGCAAGCGCACCGAAGACGCCAUUUGAAGUCUCCCCUGAAUCUUCAGGAGAUCGAAAGUCGAUGGACAGGAGAGGCUCGUCGAGAAGCCCGUCUCGAAAGGUUGUCCAACGCCCGACAGGCGAAAGCCACAAAUCCCAUCGCAGUACCGCUAGCACCAAGCUGCGCAGUGAAGACCCGGGAAUGCGAGGGUUGUUCAAGGGCGCCCGUAUCGACAAUGUCAUACGUGGUGGCGUGUCGAAGCUUGGCGAUUUGAUCUGGCGUAAGGAGUCAGAGACCGGCGAUGGCCCGUCCGAAGCCGAGGGCACUACGACGGAUGAAUCAGACACCGAACAGAGAGGCAGGAAAAGAGGAGAGACGCCGCUCUCACGGACAGCCUCGAUCAGAAGUCAGGGAAUGCGCCAGCAGAACGGCAAGACCUAUCUCGACAUCAUGCCCGCCUUUGAACCUUCCCACGAGAAGCUAAGGCACAUUGAGAGCGAACCCGCGAAACUUCCGGACACAUCACCGCCGUCAGCAAGCCGUAAGUCGCCUCGCUUCGACAGGCUGAAGCCGCCGCGCAUCGAUAUUCUGAGCGCCAGUCCAACCUCGUCACCCGGAUCGACGAAGCGCUUGUCAGAUGUCUCGGAGGGUGAGCCGCUGUCUGGCAGCCACAGCGCUGGACUGAAGGAGGCGGACAAGCGUCUCAACAACAUCAUCGCCGUCCCGCCCUCGUUCCCACUCGACGGCCGCCCCGGGUCUUCCUCCAACCGCAGCCGACACUGGUCCAUCUCUGAUCACAGCCCGGCACCCGAGCGAGCGCCCAUGUCGAAGCGUGAAGUUGCCCGACUCCGUGCCCUGGUCUUGAGCUCCGGUAUCAAGGCCAUGGAAAUCACCCGCCGCGCCAACGAACCUUAUCUCGCGUUCGCAAACCGACAGACGCCGUCUCAGAAUGACCUGCAGGUCGCAAACGUAUUCUGGCCCAAGGUUGCAGAGCUCAGUCCCGACCCUGCUGGCCUACGCAGCAAGGUCGUACCGCAGACGGAGCUGUACCAGUUCGCCGCCAAGACCCUCGGCAAAUCCAUCCAGUGCGCCGGCCAGGACUGGCAAAAGACGGCGGACCACUUUGCCGCCGACACCAUCCCGGCCCUGCACCGUCGCGUGGAGGACGUCCGCCGGCGGGUGGCGACGGACCUCUCUGCCAUGACGCGCGCGGCGGCCGACGAGGCGGACGAGACGAGUCGCGAUCUCACGCUGGGCCAGCGGCUCAAGAUUAAGCAUACGCUCGACGUGAUUGAGGCCAUGCUAAGACGGCGCAGACGUAGGUUCCGCUGGGUCCGUCGCGCCAUGUGGCUUGCUGUCGAGUGGGUGCUUGUCGGGUUCAUGUGGUAUGUGUGGUUUGUCGUCAUGAUCCUGAGGGUGUUUUGGGGUGUUGGGCAGGGGGCUGUGGGGGCUGUUCGGUGGUUGUUGUGGUUGUGA